GUUUCUUUUCUGUCAGGCUUCAGGAAGUUUCAAGUCAGUGCUCCGAGCGCAGACAGACAGUCUGACCGGGAAUAAAAGCCAGCAGCAGCUCCUGUGGAGGCAUUCCGGGGAUUCCUGUCGCUCCAUCCUCUACCUGUCCGACAGGUGCAGUCGGCUGGCUGACACGGAGGACUGCGGCUCCGGGAGGGGGCCGUUCAUGGUCAUCUAUGGGUGAGUGCCUGCGGAGAGCUUGUCCGUGUCUGGAACCACUAUGGCAGAGGGUUUUCAACGACAAAAAGCCUUCUCCAGAAGACCCUGGCGGUGGCGGCGCCGUCGUGCAGACAGAACCGAGCCCCGCGCAGACCUCGGACAGAGUAUCCGAGAGCAGCUCCAUCUACACGGCGCUGUGGUCGUUUGAAGCCCGGCACCAGGACGAGCUGUCCUUCCAGGAGGGAGAUCUGUUCUGUGUUUUGAGCCGCAGCGGGGACUGGUGGACCGCGAGGAAGAUCGACAAGAACGGGCGCGUCCUGGACACCGGGAUUGUGCCAAACAACUACCUGGCGAGGGCCGAGUCUCUGGAGAUGCAGCCGUGGUUUUAUGGGAAAAUGAACCGCUUCGAGGCCCAAGGCCACUUGAUGGGACCAGGAAACGAAGAGGGAGCUUUUCUUAUCCGACACAGUGAAAAAGACAACAUUGGAUAUGUUCUUUCAGUGAGGUCAAGCAGUCGGGUGAAACAUUUUAAGGUCCACCAAGCAAAUGGAAGUAAUUUCCUUGUCGAUCCCAACCACCAGUUCAGCUCUCUGAUUGACCUUGUGGAGCACUACUGCGACAACAGCCUCACCAACACAGGCAAACUGGGGAAACCCUGCAAAAGGAAAAAGCCCAACAUCUCAGACCUGAAUCAUUUUACGGUGGAUGAAUGGGAGCUCCCAAAAGAGGAGUUCUUGCUGGAGGAGCAGCUGGGCAGCGGCAACUUUGCUGAUGUCUACAGGGGACGCUGGAAAAACCACAUCAAUGUUGCCAUCAAGAUCCUUAAAAAUGACUCCGAGAUGAACAAGCGUGAGUUUCACAGAGAAGUUCAGAUUCUGAAGAGUCUCCGCCAUCGUCACCUCAUCUCUCUGUUUGCUGUGUGCACAGCUUCACCGCCGUACUACAUCAUCACAGAGCUGAUGGAGAAAGGCAGCCUGCUCAGCUUCCUCAGAGGUCCAGAUGGGCAGCAUCAAGACGUUGCAUCACUCAUUGACAUGGGUGCCCAAGUGGCUGAUGGGAUGUCAUACUUGGAGGAAAAGAACAGCAUCCACAGAGAUCUGGCUGCUCGAAACGUCCUGGUGGGAGAAGACUACAUCUGUAAGGUGGCCGACUUUGGGCUGGCCAGAAUCAUUAAGGAGCCAUUUUACAUCACAGAAGAUAAAAAGAUGCCUUACAAGUGGAGCGCUCCUGAGGCCAUCAGCCACGGAAAGUUUUCCAACAAGUCAGACGUCUGGUCUUUUGGUGUUUUGCUCUACGAGAUUAUCACCUAUGGAGGCGCUCCUUAUCCAGCUUUAAGUAACCAAGAAGUGCAUGAACAGAUUAUGAAAGGAUACAGGAUGCCUGCACCAUCCAAAUGUCCCAACUUUCUCUAUCAAAUCAUGAAAAAAUGUUGGAGCACCGAGCCAGCCGACAGACCAGACUUCAAGUCCCUCAAGAUCCAGCUGGACAGCUGCUCAUAUGAGCUGGAGUGACCUGCAUUACAGGCUCAACAAGCAGGGACUGUGGGAGCUUUUCACUAAAGACUCCUCUUUAGAAAAAUGGACACAAAACUUUGUGAACCUGCAAAACUUGAUGCAUUUUAUUCAGUCCUCUAGGGCUGCAACCAACAAUUAUUCUCUGCAUUGAUUCAUGUGGAGAAUACUUUUUACUGAGCUGAGACCAUCAGCAACUAAUCAUUUUUUAUUUUUUUAUUUUUUAAUUCUUAGAAUGAGCUCUUUAAGUCACAUUUUUGAGCAGUUGUGAGAGUACAUUGAAUCAGCUAAACUGGAGGUGGGCGAUAAAGCUAAAAAAAAAAAGUUGUCAACAAAAUGUUUCAUUUCAGGGUGUAUAGUGAUAAUUACUAAUAAUUUUUAAAUAACCUAUUUCUAAUAAAGACUCAAAAUGUUCAUUUUGAAUUUAAACUG